AUGCCCGAAUCCACCUCCAGUCUGCAGAGCUGCCCCUUCUACCGUUGCACCUGGCGACAGAAAUGCCGCGGCCAUUCUCUACAGGCUCACAUAUGCCACAUGCAUAUGGAUGAGACGCCCCGUGGGGAACCCGCACACAACACCACCGAGCCCGACGCCGGCGUCAACAACACCGGAUCGAAACUCCGCCUCAAAAUCAACGCCAAGAAGGUUCACGUCAAUUUUCAGGGUUAG